GUGUGUUUGCGUGCGCGGAAAGCCAACGACAUAUCGCCGCUGUUCGCUGCUCUUAACGGCUCCGGACUGGACUGGAACCCUCUAACGGGGACUGCCAACGUGAGAGUGCGUCGGUGUACACGAUUGAUCCACAAGACUGAGUCCUUCCGGGUUGUGACAGUUGGGCUGAUGUUUCAGCGGGUUGCCCCUCCCGCUCCGCCUCCGAGGACUCCUCGAGGCCCCGCUUUCCCGACCUUGACCGAGCCGCCAGCCUCGUGGAUCUCCACGCAGCCAACCGGGGCUGUGGCCCUGCAGGUGUGAUGAGGCGUGGGACCAGCCUGCAGAGCAGGCGCAGUAAGGGCUCAGGAUCCGGGAGCGGAGACCGCGACCCGCUCUUGAAAGGCAGCCCCCACGCCCCGCAUCGCCGCUAUACCCACGAUCCGCAGCAGCACAUCAGCCGCCCGCGCUCCUCGUCUGCCAAUGAUACCGCACCCAGUAGCCCCGCCCCCGGAUGCGCAGGAGGGGAAGCGGUGCUGUCGUCAGGGUACCAGUCAACAGAUGAGACAGACAGGAUCGAGCGGUCGGAGGUGAGCGGGUUGGGCCCAACUCCCCCUGCGGUCGACUCUCCGUACUCCGCAGCGGACGACGCGCCUUUGGAUCCUCAGCGCACAAAGCAUGCCAUCGCCCAGCUGCAGCAGAAGAUCAUCAAGCUCACAGAACAAAUCAAGAUCGAGCAGACAGCCCGGGACGACAAUGUUGCGGAGUACCUAAAACUGGCCAACAAUGCGGACAAACAGCAAAGCACACGCAUUAAGCAGGUUUUUGAGAAAAAGAACCAGAAGUCAGCGCAGACCAUCCAGCAGUUGCAGAGGAAACUGGAUCACUACCACCGAAAGCUGCGGGAAGUGGAGCACAACGGUAUCCCUCGGCAACCUAAGGAUGUUCUCCGGGACAUGCAACAGGGCUUAAAGGACGUGGGUGCCAAAGUGACGGGCUUCAGCGAGGGGGUGGUGGACAGCGUGAAAGGAGGGCUGUCCAGCUUCUCCCAAGCCACGCACUCGGCCGCCGGGGCCGUCGUCUCCAAACCGCGGGAGAUCGCCUCGCUGAUCCGAAACAAGUUUGGCAGCGCCGACAACAUCCCCUCCCUCAAAGACUCGCUGGACGACCCCUCGGGGGAAGAAGGCGCGGCAGGGGCUCGUUCGCUGGGCAGCGUCGGCCAUCACCUCCAGUCUAGUCCGAAGUACGGGAGCGAGGACGACUGCUCGAGUGCCACGUCUGGCUCGGUGGGGGCCAAUAGCACCACGGGGGCGCCCGGGGGUCCGCCCAGCUCUAAGGGGAACACACUGGAGAGGACUGGCACCUCCAGCCUGGACAUGUUGCUUCAGGAGGUCCAGGAGCUGAGGGAGGGCCAGGCCAGGCUCGAGGAGAGUCUGGAGGGCUUGAAGAGCCACUACCAGCGAGACUACACGGUGGUGAUGCAGACGCUGCAGGAGGAACGCUUCAGGUGUGAACGCCUGGAGGAGCAGCUUAACGACCUGACAGAACUUCACCAGAAUGAGAUCCUGAACCUCAAACAGGAGCUGGCCAGCAUGGAGGAGAAGAUCGCCUACCAGUCCUACGAGAGGGCGCGAGACAUUCAGGAGGCGCUGGAGGCGUGUCAGACCCGAAUUUCCAAGAUGGAGCUCCAGCAGCAGCAACAGCAGGUGGUCCAGUUGGAGGGGCUGGAAAAUGCCACGGCCAGGACGCUGCUGGGCAAACUGAUCAACGUGCUGCUGGCCCUCAUGGCCGUCCUUCUGGUCUUCGUGUCGACCGUGGCCAACUGCGUGGUCCCUCUGAUGAGGACGCGCUCACGCUCCCUCUCCACCCUCCUGCUCGUCAUCCUCACGGCCUUCUUGUGGAGAAAUUGGGACGCGCUCUCGAGUUACACACAACGAGCCCUGCAGCCCCCGGGAUGACCGAACGCGGCGGCGGCACGCGCUUCUUUGCUCACAGCAGGUGACGAAAGCGGAUCGCUGCGGUCACGCCGCGAGUUUGACGGGUGAGCCGCUCGGAUGGCUUUGGGCUCGGCGCUGAAAUUUCAGCCCAGCUCGUUUGGGAAGCCGCUCGGGAUCAAGACUGAGAGGAACAACCCGAGUUGUCACACUCGCCUCGGAAGGACGAGACUGUUUACAUUUUUUUUUUUUUGAACUGUUGUGUUGAUAUCCCUCCUGUAACACAGUGUUGUACUGUUUCGUUUUUAAUUCUGGAUUUUAAUCAUUGAUAUUCAUUGUCAUUAAUAUUAUUUUAUUCAGUACCAUGUAGCAUCGCAGUCCACGCUCGAGGACGAGUUCCGACAGGAAACUGGGCUGGCAGCUCACCUCAAACAAAUGAGUGCUGAAUUGCCAACUGGGUGAGCUGCCACUGGUGGAUUUCAACCAAAACCUCAAGAGUUGCUCUUCUUUUUUUCUUUUCUUUUAUUGCUGUGAUGAAAUGUGUUAAGACGGAACAGUUAAAAAGGACUACUGAACCGCUGCGUGUCCCGAUGACUAACGAAUUUUUGUGCUUCCGCACCAUUUCUAAUCGCAAACUUGAUACGCUUUUAAUGAUUUCCUUUUUAAGCAAAACUUAAAUAGAGGUCGACGUGAAUUCAAACUAAUGAGCCAGGGUUAAGGAGCAACGCUCACCAUCUAAGAGCCGCACACAAACGGAACAUGGUUCUUGUCAAACGUCUGCCGUAUUUGCAGCAUGCGCCUGUGAAAUGAAGACAAACGACGCGAGCCACGUGUUCUCGAAUACCAUGACAAAGUCCAUUGUCCGAGUAAAAGCAAUUUGGUGUUGUAAUUGCCUGCCUCGUGCCAUGCUGCCCUCAGACCAGUGGCGCUUCUGCAGCUCCAUCUCAGAUGCGCCGCGAGGGAGGCUGCUGCUUUCUGUCCUCAGUGUGUGUCGUUUCUACUGUCAGUCCAGUUAAAUGCACUCUUGCUCGUUUAUGAGUUCUCCCUUUUCAUCACGGACUCUCCCUGCUUUUUAUCUCUGCGCUCAUCCUUCUUCUGGUGAAAUCAGCCAGUGCCAAACCCGAGUCAACUCAAGCAUGCCUGACCGGCGGCUGGGGACCGACCGGCAGGUCUGCAGUGAAUGUUGACACUCGAUUUUAUUAGGUGGAGGGGGGGGGAAGCGGUUUUAACGUUUGAAUUAUGAAUUGGAUUGCGUGUGCAAAGUUGUGUGUUUGUGAAUCUCGCCUACCUUAGUGCAUUUCUUCCGCCUGCCGGCUUGUCAAGGACAUGUCAGGAUUGGCCGGCGCGCGGAAUAGUCCGCCUUGAAUUCCACGCGGACAAACUGAUGAACUGUACACUGCACUUUAACGCGCAAUUAGAUAAUUGUGUGGGUCAGGCCUUUGACAGAGUUGAUCACUUGUGUCGUCCUCCAAACCUCGCAAGGAGGCCGCUAAGGUCCGGAUCGCUUGUCAAAACCCGCAUCUCCGUUCGCCUAAAUUAAAUAUGACUGCCCUUUUGAAAUGUUUCCAUUUUACUGAGUUGGGAGUGAGCUGUUAUUUGACCUCAGCGUGACCUUGAUGUUUCUUUUGUGAUAAACCACUCCAGUGCCUUCUGAUAUGCUUUUCCCAAGUGCGGAAUCAAUAAAAAUGCAUUCCCUGCGUA